UGGCAGACCAUUCACCCUCCGUGGGCAUUGCAUCCGGCAGUAAAUUCUCUUCUCAAGUUAACGGUUUUUCUAGUGGGUCCAAUUGGCAACCGAAUCGGAUUGCGUGCCAUUUGCUCUACUGCUCUACAUUCAUUACGUUUCUGUGUAUAUGUACGCAUCCCUUCCCAUCCACCUCCAAGCUCUCCAACAUCUCCCGCUCUCCAUAUCAACAUUUCUUCUCUCUGCACUCUGUUCUUGUGAUCUCCGUUUGUAGAUCCGACAUCCUCUCUGUAAGACUCUCCAAUGGCUGCCGCAGAUUCCGAUAAGCUCUCCAAGCUCCAAUCUCAUGUGGCAGGACUCUCUCAGAUCAGUGAAAACGAGAAAUCCGGAUUCAUGAACCUCGUCUCCCGCUACCUCAGUGGUGAAGCGCAACAUGUUGAAUGGAGUAAGAUCCAAACUCCUACCGACAAGGUGGUGGUUCCUUAUGAUAGCUUGGUACCCUUAUCUGAAGAUCCUUCCGAAACUAAGAAGAUUUUGGACAAACUUGUUGUGCUAAAGCUAAAUGGAGGCUUGGGAACAACAAUGGGCUGUACUGGUCCUAAGUCUGUAAUUGAAGUUCGUAAUGGAUUGACAUUCCUAGACUUAAUUGUUAUCCAGAUUGAGUCCUUGAACUCCAAGUACGGAUGCAAUGUUCCCCUGCUACUGAUGAACUCAUUUAACACUCAUGAUGAUACACAAAAGAUUAUUGAAAAAUAUGCUUCAUCAAAUAUUAAGAUCCAUACAUUUAACCAGAGUCAGUAUCCUCGUUUGGUUGUUGAAGAUUUUGUGCCAUUGCCAUGCAAAGGAAAUAGUGGCAAGGAUGGAUGGUAUCCUCCCGGCCAUGGUGAUGUGUUCUCAUCAUUGAAGAACAGUGGCAAGCUUGAUGAAUUAUUGUCACAGGGAAAGGAAUAUGUCUUUGUUGCCAACUCAGAUAACUUGGGUGCUAUUGUUGAUCUCAAAAUCUUAAGUCAUUUGAUCCAGAACAAGAAUGAGUACUGUAUGGAGGUGACACCCAAAACGUUGGCUGAUGUGAAAGGUGGUACCCUGAUUUCCUAUGAAGGGAAAGUUCAGCUUCUGGAAAUUGCCCAAGUUCCUGAUGAACAUGUCAACGAGUUCAAGUCAAUUGAGAAGUUCAAAAUUUUCAAUACCAACAACUUGUGGGUCAACUUGAAUGCAAUUAAAAGACUAGUUGAAGCAAAUGCACUGAAGAUGGAGAUCAUUCCAAACCCCAAGUUCUUUGAGCAUGCAAUUGGUAUUAAUGUCCCUCGAUCUCGAUUCCUUCCAGUUAAAGCAAGUUCAGAUUUGCUUCUUGUUCAGUCUGACCUCUACACCUUGAAUGAGGGCUUUGUGAUCCGAAACCAAGCUAGGGAAAAUCCUGCAAAUCCUGCAAUCGAACUGGGACCUGAAUUUAAGAAGGUUGCCAACUUCUUAGGUCAUUUUAAGUCCAUCCCAAGUAUCAUUGACCUUGACACCUUAAAGGUGACUGGUGAUGUGUGGUUUGGUUCCGGUGUUACUCUCAAGGGAAAGGUAACCAUUGCUGCAAAGCCUGGAGAGAAGUUGGAAAUCCCUGACGGAGCUGUAAUUGAGAAUAAGGAGAUCAAUGGUCCCGGGGAUAUCUGAAACUGGUUCACAUUGUACAAGCCUUGAAUUCUCUUGAAGGUUGAGUGGCGUAUUAUUAUUUUUGCGGUGUAGGAUUUAGUUAUCGAAAUAAAUGCACAAUUUUGUUUCCUCUCAAUGAUAAUUAGAAUGGCAUUCCGUUCUCCACUUUUCUCCUAAUUUUUAUAAUAGUCC